UAGAGACAAACAAUUCGAACUGUCUGUCGUCUACUGAAUGACUAACAAAGGGGAAGCCCCCGUAAGAAUGAUAUGGGAAGUGUUCCGAUCCGAUCGCCGACCAUCCUAUGUCACUCCUCAGGAGACCUUAAAGAAAAUGGAAAAUAUAACAGCUAAUAAGAUGAUGAGCCCUAUUGGUAAGCUUCUGACGUUAAACCUAGACUACAGUGGAUCAUAAAGUCAUGGAAAUGAUAAAACGGAGAACAAUUUAUGUACUUGGGAUAUAUUUAUUGCUUAGUUUACAAUGUGGGAAAACACGUACCUUCCAGUGCCGUACAAUAUUAGCCUUGUACUGACAAGAUGGUCCCCGCCUGAAGUUCGGGUUUUCUGGAUAUUUGAUUCUGGGAACGAGAGUAGUCUUAUACACUUUGACGUAACCUAUCGUCCACAGAAUGCAAGGUAUCGAAUAGUGCAAGAAGUUUCACCUAAAGAAUGCUCUGUUGUUCUGAACCACCUUCUGCCAGGCACUCCGUAUCAUCUCCACCUCACGCCCAUUUCUAAAACAGGCUCUGGAAAUCACAGUGAAGUGAUACAGUUUAUAUCUCCGAAAGUUCAGAACGUUGCGAAAGAAAAGAAUCGAUCUCUGGAAAAAGCAAGAACAACGCCCGAGGUUCGUGAAGAAGAGAUUGUAAUUGUUGUACUGGUGCUGGUCGUAUGGGUUGCAGUUAUUCUAGUCUUCUUCAACAAGUGGGGUAAAAUUCGUAUGUUGGAACCAUACCAACCAGAUUACAGAAGUCCUUUGUACAAGUCCACUCGAGUGAGCCUGGUGGAACCUAUUCUUGAAGGAGAAUUGCCACAAGGAAGUCGUGUAGCUCUUAGUGGACAACCUCGACAAAACUCCAUCCUUAUGGGUUCUACGUACAGUCGUCUUCGUCAAAAUUCGGUUUUUAUUGGCUCCACCUAUAAUCGAACAGCGAUGCUGGCGGAAUCUGGAGUACCUCGAAAAGUAAAGAGCGCCGAAGACAUAAAAUCUUUAGUGGUUCAAAUUGGUCAUCAUCGUCAGAACACAGCUCUCUAGUGGUGAAAUAUAAUUAUUGAGUGCAUAGGAGAAAAGAUAUCAAAUAUUAACAGAAACUUUGUUUUGAUUACAGAAUAUCAUCUAAUGGAACAUAGAGUAAUUUGCUAGUGAUGUGUGAAUAACGUAAACCCACACAGUAUAAUUAUAUACGUUGAUUUAGUUGGGAAAUAUAAAAUUAACUUGAAGAUGUUGAUUACUAAUGUACCAGUGGUUCACUCAGGACAAAUCAUCACCAUCUGGUGGUCAGGUUAAGCGCUAAAAUAUGGUGAAUAGUCAAAACAUGCAUGUUAUCUUACUUACAGCUUCAACUUAAUCUACUGAAUAAUCAGUAAGUUUUAAGCUAUUUGAUCCAGUUUAACUUCAAAAAUUCUAAUAAAGAUAAUAAUAAUGCUAAUUUAAAGUAAAUGUUAA